AAACUGCCUGAUUUGAUGAAAGAAAACGAAAGAGAAUCCAGCAGAAAGAAGAAAACCCGUAAAAAACGGAAGAAAACCAGCUGCGCCGGUCGCAGCCGUCUCCGACCCAGCCCCCCCACUCGCCGACGCCAUGGCCGGGAAGAAGCGCAAGUCCUCGGAGAAGCCGCCCAAGGGAAGCGCCGCCGCUCGGGCGCCGCCAAGCGGCACCAGGCCGAGGAGGAGGCCUCCUCCUCCAUCAGCGCCAAGAUCCUCCGCGAGGCGCUCAAGCAGCAGCACGAGGAGGAGGGCCUCCCCGAGCAGCUCCCCUCCGACGCCCCAGCAGCCGCGUCCUUCGUCCCCAUCCCCGUCGACGACGAGGAGGACGUCGACGAGUUCGACGGCUUCGACGCGCAGAGCGAGUACGACGGCGGCGUGCCGGAGAUUGACGAGGAGGACGAGAAGGCCCUCGCCGCCUUCAUGUCCAAGGACGACACCUCUUCCAAGCAGUCUCUCGGCGACAUCAUUCUCCAGAAGAUCAGAGACAAGGACGCCACCGUCUCAACAGGUGGGCAUCAAUCAACUCUUAAUAACAUUCCUCAUUCUUACCUGAUGCUUGUGAACAGUAGUAGUAUGUCGAUCAUGGCACCAACAUGA